AAUCACUCGUCUUUCUUGUAUUUGGAUUCGUAUCUUUUUUGAAUUUGCAAACUUAAAGUCAGCGACUUUUUUUGUUUUGCUUUGUCGAUUGCUUAAUCUUUGUGCAAAUUGCAUGCGUUGUAUUUCCUUCUCGAGUUUCAGUUUGUCUCUUGAAGACGCACUUCAUCUUCUCCAACGUUUCUUAUACUCCUCAAACCAGAUUAAGCAGAUUCACACUGUCCUCUUUACCAGCAACGUAUUGGUCGCUUCGAGAUGGAAGACGAAAUCCGUCUACAACACUCUCAUUCGAUCCUAUCUCACUACAGGACAAUACAAGACUUCUCUUGCUCUCUUCACUCAUAUGCUUGCAAGCCAAGUCCAACCAAAUAACCUCACUUUCCCUUCUCUGAUUAAAGCAGCUUGCUCAUCUUUCUCUGUUUCUUAUGGCGUUGCCUUACAUGGCCAAGCUUUUAAACGUGAUGUUCUAUGGGACCCAUUUGUUCAGACUUCUUUUGUUCGGUUCUAUGGUGAAGUUGGUGAUUUGAAGAGUUCGAGGAAGAUGUUUGAUGCUAUUUUAGACCCUUGUGUUGUAGCUUGUAACAGUUUGCUCGACGCUUGUGGACGAAACGGAGAGAUGGAUUCUGCUUUCGAGUUAUUUCAGAGAAUGCCUGUAACUGAUGUGGUCUCUUGGACCACUGUUAUCAACGGGUUUAGUAAGAAUGGGUUUCACGCCAAAGCUUUAAUGGUUUUUGGUGAGAUGAUACAGAAUGAGCGUGCGGUAAUAACACCGAAUGAGGCUACUUUCGUUUGUGUACUUUCUUCAUGUGCUAAUUUUGAUCAAGGAGGUGUUCAUUUGGGGAAGCAGAUCCAUGGAUAUAUUAUGACGAAAGAGAUCAUCCUUACUACUACUUUGGGUACUGCUUUGCUUGAUAUGUAUGGAAAAGCCGGUGAUUUGGAGAUGGCAUUGACCAUUUUCGAUCAAAUUCGUGAUAAGAAAGUUUGCGCUUGGAAUGCGAUAUUAUCAGCUCUUGCCUCCAAUGGUAGACCUAAGCAAGCGCUGGAGAUGUUUGAGAUGAUGAAAUCAUGCAAUGUGCAUCCGAAUGGGAUCACUUUACUUGCAAUACUCACGGCUUGUGCUCGAUCUGAACUUGUGGACUUAGGUAUCCAGUUGUUCUCUUCCAUAUUUAGUGAGUACAAGAUCAUUCCAACAUCAGAGCAUUACGGUUGCAUUGUUGAUCUCAUAGGCAGAGCUGGACUAAUUGUUGAAGCGGCCAAUUUCAUUAAAAAUUUGCCAUUCGAGCCUGAUGGUUCUGUUCUCGGAGCUCUUUUGGGCGCUUGCAAGAUUCAUGAGAAUGCUGAAUUAGGAAACAAAGUAGGUAAACAGCUUAUUGUACUGCAACCUCGACACUGUGGCCAGUAUGUCGCAUUGUCGAUGUUAAAUGCUUUGGAUAGCAAUUGGUCAGAAGCAGAACAAAUGAGGAAAGCCAUGAUAGAAGCUGGAAUUCGGAAAAUCCCUGCUUAUAGUGUGCUAUCUUAAGGCUUGAGAAGUAAGAAUAGAUUGUUUCAGGCAAG